AUGAAUAUUCCUUCAUACAAUACAGAAAUAGUCAACGAUGUUUUGUCAAAUCUUGCCAAUAUUGUACAAGGAAACAAUGACAGUCUUGUUUCACCUUAUGAUUAUCUUUAUGAUAAUACAGAGAAUAAUAUGAAUAAUAAUAUACCGUAUCCUGGCGGUAUAGACCAACUGUCCACCAUAUUUCAACAAUUAUUUUCAAAAAUAUCUGGAAAUCAAACUACAUACAAUACACCAUCCAGUUCAGGUUCAUUAUCUCCAUUAUCUCGAAUGGUUUUCCCAUUGUCAAUAUCUGUUGUAUCAUCAUUACCUUCAUCAUUAAACGAUGCAAAUUCUUAUCGUUUGUUAUCCAUAACGUCUCUUUGGUUUGUUCUUAUCGUAAAUCCAAUUUCGAUUUUAGUUGGCCUCAUCGGUAAUCUGCUUACUAUUUAUAUUUUAAUGAAUAGUAAUAUUAUUAAAUUACCAGUGUCAUUUUAUGCCAUUAUGCUUAAUAUAUCGGAUACGCUUAAUUUAUUAAUACCAGUAUUUAUAUUUUGGCUUGAUAAUUGUAUUAAUCGAACACCUGAGCGAGGUUAUUUUCGAGAUAAAUCUAACUUUUUAUGUAAAGCUUUGAUGUGUCCUGAUCAAUUAUUCGCUGCAUUAAGUGCUUGGUAUAUGUGCGCUAUAUCUUUUAAUCGUUGGUAUUCGAUAUGUCAUCCAUCGUCGUUUUUCUUUAAUAUGUCAUCUCAUUUGUCAAAAAGAUUAUCACAAUCUAAGAAAAAUCAUAUUAAACAAAUUGAUCGUGGACAGAAAAAUAUUCAGUCUCAAUCAUCAAUGGCAUCAUUUUGUUCUGCUCUUGAUUUUUGUUAUUGUUUUACAGGAAAUAUUAAAAAUCGUCAAAAUUUACGAGCAUUUCGUAGUAUAACAAUUAUCACAUUAUUAGGUAUAUUAUGUUGUCUUUAUCCUAUAUUUAUGCAUGAACUACGACCUGUAAUUUCAACGAAUCAACAUGGUUUCGAUUUAAAACAGAAACGUACGCAUACUUAUGCUAUUGUAUGGAAACGUUGCUUUUAUAGUCAACGACAUGAACACGUCUAUGAUAUCAUUGGUAUUACAUUAUCUUGUUUUUUACAUAUAUUGCCUUUAACAUUUGUUGCUGCCAUGAAUAUAAUGAUUAUUGCAAAAUUAAGAGAGCGACGAAAUAUGAUGCCUAUUUCAACAAAUACCGCACAAUCUUCAACAUCAAACAAUAAAAACAAGACUUUAUUAGAUUAUUCACCAAAACUCAUUCCAUAUACAACUAAUAUUUCAUUAUCUAGAAAAAAUGGACGAGUCUUGAAGACAGAAAUUGAUUCAUUAAAAUCUUCUUCUCAAUUAUCCCGAACAAAAACUCAUAAAGAUCAAUCCACACUAACUGAUGCACCGCCACUACAGGUUCAAUUAAAACAGUCACAAGUUAUUGUAAAAAUUAAGAGUACUGCACAAAGAAGACAUUAUUCACGAGAUCGAACAAUUACAAUGAUGCUUGUUAGUGUUGCCUUAACUUAUAUAAUAUUAACCAUACCUUAUAGAUUAUUUUGGUCUUACAAUGUUUAUACAAAACGUAUGCAUCCAGAAAAAUUAAAUUCUUCAGUUUAUUUAUUGAAGAUGCAUUAUAUCGAUCAUGUACUUCGUACGAUACGUAAUAUGCAUUAUGGCACAAAUUUUAUCUUUUUUAUAUUAUUUUCAAAAUCAUUCCGUCAAAAAUUUCAACAACUAUUCAUUGAAAAUUUUUUACCCAGAUCAAAGCGAUCAUUCAAUAGAAAUAUGGAUACAUGUAGUGAUACCCACUGUAAUAAUCUUGAAACGAAUAAAUUACAACGAAAUUCCAUACAGUUAGAAGAAAAACCAGAGAAAAAUCCAGAAGAAAUAAUCAUCCACAGAAAGAAAUUGCUUAGAAAGAAAUAUUCGACGCAAAAUAUUUACCAGAAAUCUCUUAAUCCUACAGGCGACGCUUCAAAAGAGCCAAGUAAUCGAUAUCCCACGGCUCAAUGUAGGCAAAAUGGCAUUCUACACGAAUUCUAA